AUGUCUACAAGGGAUCCCUUUGCUUUCCUUGAAAAAGAGCCCAGGCCGGUUGCCGUCAAGAAGCCGCAUUGGAGAGAGAAGCUAUUCUCGAAAGAGAGGGAGAAGGACAAGGAGAAGAACAUCAAUCCCUCCACGACGGACCAGCAAAUUGAAGCGUUUCUCUCUCCAGUUCGUUCAAAAUCCGUAUCGCAUGCUUUAAAUUCAGCCAAUGGAACGGCUCGAGGGCAUCAAAAGCCCCGCCUGGACGCCUCCCAUCGAUGGCCUUCGGCUCAAGAUGUCCUGAACGCUGCUUCUCCAAUUUCCGAUCCUGCUUCCGCAACCGAGAUCUACCCUCCGACGAGCUUUCCAUCCCCACCACGGAAGACCCGCGCGCGAAAGGGUCUCAAGGUCCGAUUUUCCGAUAAAGAUCCAGAGGUGAUAGGGGAAGGUGGUGACGAGACCGAGGCUCCUACGAUGGAAAUAUCGUUGAACCGUGGGCGUCGGGCUGAGUAUGAUUCGAAGACGCCUCAACUCCAGGUUGACACUUCGUUGGGAGCCGCGGAUGGUGUAUCGCAGGCGAGAACACCUCAACGGAAGGAUACAAGCGAAGGGAUCAACACAGCGGACUGGAAGCCAUUACUCAUCCAGAGCCCUCAAGACUCUGAAUUCUUGUUGACAUUGAAUCUUGGUGGUGCGGGUUCUCGUCUUUCGUUCCGAGCAUCACCUGAGUCCAACUCGUUUGCUCAGCGUGUUCGGGCGAAGAUGCAAGCUGAGGAGGGUCGUGCUCUGCAGCAUGGUUGUCAAGACUAUCCCUCCUCGCCAGAAGAGGAUGGACCACGCACUGAGAAGAAAUCCACCGCAGUCUCACCCGAGAGCCCCAACUCGCUGUAUGAAACACCGCCUGUUUCGGAGACUGAGCCUCGCCCCCCGGCGUUGACCCUUCGAAUUCCCGCGAGCUCAAGCACACACAAGCAGGGCGGCACGAGUCCUAUUGAACUGAACUUACCUGCUGCUCUCACCUCUGGCCCUGAACUACGGAGUCUUUCGCCUCCCAAGCCGCAGCCGAUUCCCCGAGACCCUGUACAAAAUCAUCCAGUCAGCCGAGACGAGCGCGACACGACUCACGGGGCACAGUUACCGAAAGCUUCCCUACGAUCCCUAGCUAGCCAAGUAAGUGAUACUGCCUUCACGGAUCUCAAGGCGUACGUUGCACAGUAUUCUCCUUUAAUCCGCGUUGCAGCAGAGAGUGGGAAGCCUUCGAUGGAAAUUUCUCUGGCUGAAUGGAUAAGGGCAGCGGUAUGGUGGUUCCUGCGUGGGAAGAAGAAGCUUGAAGCUUACGCACGAUCUCGCUCUUCCGGUUCUGGGGGGAGGACACCCCAGGGGAGCCCCCUGGGCAACGCCAAACAAGCCGUGGUGGACCUUGGCAAAGCCUUGUGGAUCUGUGAGAACGUCGUCCCACAGCACAGUGAACUAUCUCGAUAUGGUACUAGGGGGAUUGAUGCAAUUAUUGCUGUGGCAAGCACGACUGGCGAUAAACAUCUGGCAGAUUGUCUCUCCCUGCACCAAGCGAUUACGAGUCACUUGCGCUCUUUAGCGAUGUCAAUCAGGAGAAAUGAUAUUCUUUCUGAACUUGCUGCUGAAGGCGAUGCGGCUGUCCAAGCUGACAUGAAUGUGUGGGUGAGGUACCCGGUUUUCGCCCCUGACGUCUCAGCGGUACUAUCUGGAGCAGCAACAAGGUCUGUUUUGGUGGACAACUCCGGAAAGGGCCCAAGCAUUAUUCAGAUGAUGCCGCUGGGUGAUACGAGCCGUUAUUUCAGCUAUGGAAGUAUGUUUGUGGAGGCUUGCAUCAGUUCACAGGAAGACGACUCGCAGGAGCAAUUUUCAAUACCAUGUGCUUUGUCUAUACUACGUGACCGCGGAGACUGGUACGUAUUCGCAGCAAUUACAAGCCAAAGUGAAUUGGUCAAUGUCAUGAUCCAGUCGGACAGAAAGAAAGGGCCCACCUGGGAUGAUGUGGAAUGGCAUGUCAGGUCGCAUUCCAUGCGGGUUAGACUGCCGCGUGGCUUCGAGUUAGAUGUUUCGUUUCAAGAUGAAGAUUUCAAGAAUCUCUGGAACAUUGUCCAUUAUACGCUCAGAACCGAGGCUAGCCUUCAGCCAGAAGCUGGCGAAACCGUCAUCUUCGAAUACACGUUGAAGAACUUCCAGUAUAUGGACUCGGGGACUCCUAAGGCUUUUCCUUCGGACCCUGUGGAGCGCUGUCGGCUACGGUUAUUUGAGCGUUCAGCAACGGUGACCGAAGGCACGGGCUCCCGGAGCGCUCAUCGAGGCUUUCGGUUGACAGUACUUACCAGUCCCAAGGUGAAGACAUUGAGCAGUGUCCGCCAUAUUAUUGGACAUGGCGCCCCGAUUAUUUUCGGACUGCUCAGAGGAGAAGAUGGGGCUCCCGCGCUUAUGCUUAAGGUGAAAGAAGACGGAAGGAGUCGGUCCAUGGUGAUGACGUUUCAAGAGGUCCAGGGCCGAAACACCAUGCAUGCCCUGCUCUUGGGGAUGACCACAAGUGAUCGGGAAUUCAAGAUACCGGACAUAUCCCUACGAGCCUACAGUAUCGAGCAACCCGCGGACAAGUUCAAUGGCCAGCCAGUUAAGGUUCAUCUCGAGUUUCCCGCCGGUAACGUGUCAGUGAUUGACCAAGAACGUGCUUAUGUGGACCAUGGCUAUGGUCCUACCGUCUUAUCUGAGCAUUUGCGAGCUUUUAUCGCAACGGAGUGGGGUUCUGUGACAGAUCGCCUGAAUUUAGGUCCUGGUGAACUAAAACUGGGUUUGGACAUCAACAACAGGACGGGUUUCAGUUUAUAUAGACCAGCGCAACAAGACUUGACAGUCUCAAUAGCCGAAAAUCUUGUGCCUGCGGAGGUGCCAGACCAGAUAGCCAAUUUCAUGCAGAUUGCCAUGGUCAAGCCCAUGGUUCGACGCUUUGAAUUUGCCUCUCUGAAGGAUCUUCAUACUUUCCAGGCAGCUGUAACGGGGUUCAACGUUUUAUUUGACGGCCUCGCUUCCUCGUUUAUGAUCUCCCGGCGCAGAAUGGUAGUCCCGAUCUACAAAAAGUGGGAAGCGAGUUUGGCUCGCAUACAAAUCGUUCAACAAGAGAAAGUCGUACAGCUGGUCGCUUUCUUGGCCGAUUUCAACCAUGGACGAUGCAUGAACUUUGUACUCAAGGGCACGGAUACGCUCGAAAGUUUUGGAAGAUCGGGCAAAUUCUGGGUUCGACUUGUUGACGCCAAGUUUGCGCUCCCGAAAACCGAAGAUGAUCCCGCUUCGGACUUUGUCUGUCUGGAUAUGCUAGAUUAUCCCAGUGAACAUGACGAUAUAACGAUUGCCUUUGACUCCGAAGCUGAUCGUUCAGCUUUCCAAGCUGCAGUACCAGGAACAGUCCGUGAGCAAUCAAAGAUGGGCUCCCUUCGGCGGUGA